AUGUCUGGUAAUAAUUCACUUAAAGUGAAAUCUUUAAAAAAUGUUAAUCCUAAUUCAGACAUUUCAAAUUUAACUGAAGAUUCUGGGGAAGAGGAUGAAACAUCGAGUGUAGGUAGUGCUUCUACGACAGACAAUACUUCCAGAAGUGAAACUCCCACUCCUACUAAUUUUAAAGGUAGGAAAGGUAAAAGGAGCAGGAAAAAGUCAGGGAAAACAGUAACAUCUAAGCUUCAGUAUAAAUUUGUAUGUUAUGUCAAAGAAGAUCAUGGGCAGCCCAUUUUCGGAGCUCAAUUCAAUCAUCAUUUAAAGAAAGGAGAACCUUUAAUUUUUGCUUCAGUCGGAAGUAAUAGAGUAUCAAUUUACAGAUGUGAUGAAAAUGGAAGUAUAUCGCUUCUCCAGUGUUAUGCUGACCCAGAUACAGAUGAAAAUUAUUAUACUUGUGCUUGGUCUUAUGAUGUUGAAACGGGAAAUCCUUAUUUAGCUGUAGCAGGUUCCAGAGGAGUUAUUAGAAUUCUUUGUCCAGAAACUAUGAAUUGUAUUCGUCAUUAUAUAGGGCAUGGGCAUGCUAUCAAUGAACUAAAAUUUCAUCCUAAAGAUCCGAAUGUACUACUUUCUGUUUCCAAAGAUCAUGCACUGAGAUUGUGGAACAUUAAAACGGAUGUUUGUAUUGCAAUUUUUGGUGGAGUUGAAGGUCACAGAGAUGAAGUGCUUAGUGCUGAUUUCGAUUUAAAAGGAGAAAAAAUUAUGUCUUGUGGAAUGGAUCAUUCACUAAAACUAUGGAGGCUAGAUAAAGAAAAGAUGCAUGAAGUUUUAAAAAAUUCCUAUUCAUUUAAUGCUGCUAGAAGUAAUAGACCUUUUGAAUCUCAUGAAGAACAUUUUCCAGAUUUUUCAACAAGAGAUAUUCAUAGGAACUAUGUUGAUUGUGUGAGGUGGAUUGGGGAUUUUGUUUUAUCAAAGUCAUGUGAAAACUGUAUAGUUUGUUGGAAACCUGGUAGACUAGAAGACAAAGAAUUGAGAAAUAAUGAAACUAAUGUUACAAUAAUUCAUAGAUUCGAAUACAAAGAAUGCGAAAUAUGGUUUGUAAGAUUUUCCAUGGAUUUUUGGCAAAAGAUUCUUGCUUUGGGAAAUCAAGCAGGUAGAACUUUUGUCUGGGAUUUGGAUGUUCCAGAUCCAAAUUUAGCAAAAUGCAUAACAUUAAGUCAUCCAAAGUGCACUUCAGCAGUUCGUCAAACAAGUUUAAGCAGGGAUGGUUCUCUUUUGGUAUGUGUCUGUGAUGAUGGCACUAUAUGGAGAUGGGAUAGAGUUUUAACAUAA